UCACUCAUUUGGCCAGUCACGGGGCCAAAACCAGUGUUUGGAGCCACAGUGUGGCGGUGGAGGCAGCAGCAAUGGGAGGCCAUACAGCACCCUACGACAAAAUGGAAACCAGCAGGAGUGUGAGGAGACCUGAAAGUGGCACAUGGCAGAGUGGGAGCAAUGGGAGGCGGUUACAGGGACCCAUGACACACUGUGGACCCAGCAGCAGCGUGACCAGGCGGUCUACGGGGGCCCAUGGCAGAUUUGGGGCCUGGCAGCACCUAUGGGAGGCCCUGUAAAUCUGCCAGCAACCUAUGACAAAAUGGAAACCAGCAGGAGUGUGAGGAGACCUGAAAGUGGCACAUGGCAGAGUGGGAUGGAGACAAUGGGAGGCGGUACAGGGACCCAUGACACACUGUGGACCCAG